CCUCAAUUAUUGCUGAUCUUGGGCUCUGUUAAUACGCCAUGGCCAGUCCUUCUCGGAUCUCAGGUGCCCAUGCGAUUCUUUUAUCUAUUCAUCUCUGUGUCAGUGGUGAUGUCUCCAGCUUACCGCAACUCCAAGCUCAAUACUCUCGCUGGCUGCCAACCGAGCGCCUCUUGCGCAUCAUACUAACCUUUCUCCCCGAGAGUUGCCCUCCCCAAACAUACGCACCUAUCGUCGAAAGCUUGGUCGACGCUGGACACAUUAAUGCUACGACUGCUGAGAUUGAUACAUCUGCUGUAUCACAUCUGACUGAUACUAUCGCAAAGAAACGAGUACGGAAAGUUCGUUUGUUGCCCUUGAGGCAUCCCAAUGACGAGGACACCGACGAUUCUACCGAUUUGUUGACACAAUUCCUAAUUCACCGCGCUCAUCGCAUCGAUUCAGAAACCGCCCUCCAAUCCCUCAUCCUCGACCUGCUCGUGCCGUUCUACCCUCGCUCCCCCAUUCUCCGCACAUGGCUGAUUUCAAGUCUAUUGCCAUUGCUUCGCCUGAAUUAUGAAUAUUAUCCCAGCCAGGACGAGACCUUUUCUUUAGAGAUCCUCGAGUCUAUGGACAACAGUAUCGCUAUCAAUGUUCUGCUUUCGAUGACCGGCGAUACGAAGACCAGCAUGGAUCUAGUACAGAAUCUCCGCGGACUGGUGGGUGCUUGGAUGUAUGGCAGUAACAGGACCAAGCGGCGGAAGCUUAACGAAGCCGCACAGCGGAACACCCUCGCUCUGCCUGAGGACGACAUAACCCCGAAGACGAAUGCUGGGGUGGGAUGGCAGCAGGUCAACGAGUGGCUGCUGGCGCGCAGUCUGGUCGACCAUGAGAGCGCAGUCAACGCAUUCACAAACUGGGACGGCCCGGAGGAUGUCGACCUUGGAGGCUAUGCUGAGGAGGAUCCUAGUCUAACAGGCGACGAGCUGAAAGACUUGCGGAUGCGCUACGGACAGACCGGGCUGGCGGUUGUCUACGCAAAUGCCGAUGUCAGCGCGGCCGCAUUGGAAGGGUCGAUCAAAGUUCUUGCCCGAAUCGCCAGUUUCUUGGACCUAGAACAGUCGUUGUUGCUCAAGACCGACGACGCAGAACUCCCAUCAGUGGUAUACGACUCGGAGCAAAUCUCGUCUACCUCGAGAAUCUCUUUAAUGCAGAAUGCGCUUCUGACGACAACAAACCCACUUACUCGCCCCUCAGCUUCUUCCAUCUCGUUCCUCAGCGCUGUUUGCGUCUCUCUCCAAGUGCUAAGUGAAUUGGGCCAUCCGAUGCCCUGCCGGACAGCCGCAAAUCUUUGUUUACACAACAAUCUGGACACGCAACUGCUCGAAAUGCGCACUGUAGUUCAAUCCGUGGUCAGGCAAAGCAAGGCGGGUCGAGACUGGGGCAAAGUCCGCCAGCAACUACUUUGGCUGCGCGAUUGGGACGCACAACACACAUCUCAGGAGGAUAACUUCCGCCCUGCCUACCAUGGCAUCUUUUGGAGGGUCGACCGGGAGGUUAUUGAAGCCGAGAUAUUGAAAGCGCUGCUUGAAGUUAGAGAAUACCAACUCGCCGUCGACAUUUACCUCGGCUCCAACUCAACCCUGUCAUCGCUCAAGGUCGAGGAGGCUGUCAAAGAGACCAUUUACACGGCCUAUGAUAAUGCAAGCAACGGCAAUCGAACCCGCGGUGGAAUGAAGCGAGCAUACGAGAUUCUUCAAGCCUUCCAGCCGCACUUUCCAGACUCACUUGCUCUCAAGCAGAUCAACGCUCUCAUUGCAGCAACGCACUCAUUGUCAUUCUACUCCCUCACCUUACAGCACGGCGUCCCCUUCCAACCCGUCAGCAUCCGUGUGCACUCCGACCCUCUCUCCCUCGUCGAGAAAGUCCUUGAACAGAACCCUAAGAGCUACACCAAAGUCGACGACCUACUGGCUAUAGGCCGCAACCUCGUCGCGGCCGGUUUCUCCCCGCAACUCUCCGAUCACCAUGAGUCUUCUAUUUCAGAAUCCCUCUCCGAGAAGGACGCCACCCUCACCGCCGAACGCCGCAUCAUGUCUUUAGCCAUUAACUCCGCUCUCGCCUCUCAUGACUUUGGCACAGCGUACUCCUACAUCCUUACCAGGCUCACACCCACAUCUUCCCCCAAAACGCCCGACACGACGGUUACAGACGACAUCACCUGGCGGACGGUGUAUGCCGCCGGGCGGUAUCGCCCACCACCGUCUAAUAACUCUACCCCGCCCAGCACGCAGUCCCAGAUCACGCACCUCACCCAACGAAUGGAACUCCUCUCUCUCGCCAUUAUCCUUGUUCCGUCCGAUCACCCAGACCCGCUCCCCGAGAUUUUGGGUGCCUGGCGCCGCUGCGACGAGGAACUCAGCAACCUCCGCACGCAGGAAUCGUUAGAGGAGGACAUCUGGGACACCAAGGGUGAUCUCACAUCCUCUCUGACCAUGCACAGCCUCCCCGGCGGCUUUGGGCCAGCCGACUCCUCGGAACAAGACGCCCUGGAGACCCGACAGCACCAUGCCCGCCGCGCCCGCGCGCACGCUUCGCACCACCGCCUCAACCACGAAGAAGCGCCCAUGGGCCUUUUCGAAGUCGCGCGGGGCGCAGCGCUGGCUCUGCAGAAGAACGCCUUCCCGCUGCGAGCGGCAGCAUCCGCAACCAGCAAAACUGCCUCACCAGCCUCCUCGUUCCCCCAACCCCACCACAACGGCUUCACGCCCUCCGCAGCGGCCAGCUCCUCACACACGCGCACCGACUCCGCCGUCUCCGCGGAGAACUACGAACCCGGCGGGACCCCCUCCGACCGCGUCCGCAAAAGAGACGUCGUCAGCAACAUGGUGACGGACGGACUAGUCAGUGGACUAGGCUGGGUGCUCGGCGCGCAGCCCGUCAACCGCUCUUGAUUUCCGCGAACAGAUCAAGGCACAGGCGCUUAGCCGUUUUUCUAAUGAGAUUCCCGUAUGAGUAUGUUUCU